AAGAAAGCAUUAAAGCAAACCUCAAAAAAGGAAAAAGAAAAAGGAAGAGUAGACUGAGAACACCAAUAGUUUAAAGAGUAAAGGUAUCGAUGUUCUUUACGCUGAGAACUUCACCUGUUAAUCUCCUCUCCAUCGAGUAUACCAUCCUUAUUCUGUCUUCAACUUUGGCCACACGCACAAUUCUUGGAAUUUCAGUUAGCCUGGACAGUCGCAUGAGCAUAGCUAGUGCAUAUAUAUAAAUAUAUGUUGUGUUCAGGUUAACGAUCUUAGACUGAAAUGGCAUAUGAAUCUUGAUUGUUGGCAAUGAAGGAAUCAAAGUAUAGAAAUGGAAGAAAGAAAGUGGGAGGAUUUAGAGUGUGACUGCUUAGUGAAUGUGCUUGGAAGGGUGGGCAUGGAAUCACUUCUAUUAGAUGUCCCUUUCGUGUGUAAGUCAUGGUACAAAGCCAGCCUUGAUCCUUCGUGUUGGAAGCAUCUUGUUUUCCCUAAAGAUUUGGACUCAGAACGGGAUUUUACCUUGCUUGAUAGAUUUAAGGAAAAAUAUAAAAUUGAAAACUGUUCUGUGGAUGCAUUUACCAAAUUUGUUGUUGGUCGUAGCCAUGGGAAUUGCACUGGUCUUUUUCUUCCAAAUGGCUGUACAGAAGAAGUUGCAAAGUACGUUGCAGAUGAGUGUCCUGCCUUGACUGCUCUGUUAUUGCCCUCUGAUAUUCUACGCUGUGAAUCAUCCAUUGUUCCAACCCUCAUUGGGAAAUGGGAACAUUUGGAGAAUUUGUGGCUCGGAAGUUCUGAAAAUUUGGUCAAUAUAAUAACCCAAAUCAGCCUUGCCUGCAAUAAAUUUUCCGGGCUGUGUGUAUCAUCUGCAACCAUUCAGGAAGAAGAGGCAUCAGCAAUUGUCACUAAUCUUCCAAAUAUAAAGUACCUGAUUCUCAGGGGGGCAUGGAUCGAUUUCGAGGAUCUAGUGAUAAUAUUGCAAGGAUGCAAAAACCUUGUACAUUUAGAUGUACGCGACUGCUUAGGUUUUGACUUCGAUGAUGAAAAGGUACUGGAGCUCGCUUCGAAUAUCAAGACAUUCAAGUGUGAAGGUUCAAUGCUGGUCGAUUACGAUGACGGUGUAAUUGACCAUGACGACCUUGUUUAUGAGGGUUAUAUUUCAAGUUGAAGUUGGUGUUCAGUUACGGGGCCGGUGCUGCUCACGAUCACCUUUACUUUAUUUUUGCUGCUUGUGUGCCUGAGGCUUGGAUGACAUUAGUUUUUUGCAUGUGGCAUUUGUAGCGUUGUGUGCCUCUAUUUUGUGGAUGAAUACGCUAUGAAUUACCUGGUUCCUUGAA